AUGUCGAGUAGAGGUUUACGUUCGAAAAAAACCAAUGAUGUAGCGGAGAGUGAAACUGGUGGUCAAGAUGGUACGCAAAAGGUGGUUACGGAGGAUUCAGAAACACCCAUUCCCAGAAGAUCAUGUCAGAUAUGUCAUGGGGAAAAUACAAACCAGAUGGUGCGCUGUGAUGUAUGCCAAAAAUGGCAUCACUACCAAUGUGUUGGGGUAACACAGGUAUCUGAAAAACAACCCUGGAGUUGCGCCAAAUGCAAAGCUGCAACCGGUGUCCAGGAUACGUGUUCAAAUACCAUCAAACCUCCUGUGCUGCUUGGUAGUCAAAGUCAAAAGCAACCAGAAGCCGUUCCUGGAACUUCCUCUGCAUCCCUCGUUCAACAAAAAGGCACUCAACAAUCACAGGUCGUGAAUUCAAUCGGAAACAAAUCAGCAAAUGAGACCAUUCCGAACAUAACAUCACUUCCACUGAAACAGUCAGCAAACCCUGUAUUAAGUAAAACGAUAUCAAAUGCAAAAGAGACGUUGCCAAGGAAACCUGCAUCGAACGCGUCAGGAGUGUCCAACCGAUCGACACAAACACUCUUAAAACUAAAGUUGCGAAAGCUAGAGGAGGAACGUGAAUUGGAACGUCGACGAACUGCAGAUGAGGCAGCCAAGGAUAAAGAGUUCCUGGAGAAGAAGUACAAGAUACUAGAAGAAAUGGCUAGUGAAGGUGGUUCGAAUGACGGCGAUGCUAUGAGCCGCGUGGAGGAGUGGAUGGAUGAAACGGUGAAUCAAAACGGAAACCAACCAGGUAAUCCGCCCCCUCUUGGCUGCACGAGCUGCAACCGUUCUCAAAUCAAUACACAACGAAUCAACUGCGCUCCGCUACCACAAACCACGUGCGAGGUACCGAAUCAGACUCUCGUUCCCGUUCCUCAACAGCAGAAUAACUACCGUCCAGUGUAUGAUGAUGAUGACGUAGAACAGUGUCCGCUAACCCGGAAACAGCUGGCAGCGCGUCAAGCAAUCUCAAAGGAGCUACCCACGUUUUCCGGUAACCCAGAGGAGUGGCCUCUAUUCUUGUCAUCCUUCAACAGCACGACAGCGAUUUGUGGAUUUUCGGAUGCAGAAAACAUCAUUCGGUUGCAAAAAUGUUUGAGAGGGCGAGCAUACGAAGCGGUUAAAAGUCGUCUGAUGCACCCGACAAAUGUGGUUGGCGUAAUAACGACUCUAAAAAUGUUAUUUGGACAGCCGGAAGCCAUCGUACACACACUAAUCGCGAAGAUCAACUCACUACCCGCGUUGAGGGAAGAUAAGCUGGAGACCCUUCUAAAUUUCGCUGUCAGCGUGGACAACUUUUGUGCUACGGUGGACGCCUGCGGGUUAGAAGAGCACCUCUACAACGUAUCGUUGAUGCAUCAAUUGGUCAGUAAACUGCCUUCUUCCAUAAAACUGAAUUGGGCCCAGUACAGACAAACGCUGCCGGCAGUUAACUUGGCUUCUUUUAGCCACUGGCUUUAUUCCCUAGCAGAGGCUGCUAGCGCUAUAACUAUUCCGAAUGAUAUUGGAGACAUAAGAACAACGCGGAGCGAAAACCGUGGAAAUAAAAAAGGUAACACUUUCGUGAACUCUCACUCCGAGGACGUCUCUCCGGAAACAUACUCCCAGAAAUCAUCCUUUGUGAGGACAGCAAGCGAAGGCUGCAUGAUAUGUAAAGGGAUGUGCAAAUCCAUUUGUAAAUGCAAACGGUUCCUAGAAAUGUCGCGUGACUCACGUUGGGCAGUUGUGAGAGAAUACGGACUCUGUCGUAGAUGCCUGCGACGACACUAUGGGGGAUGUCAAGCAAGAUUAUGCGGUAAGAAUGGUUGUCAGUUUAAACACCAUGAAUUAUUGCAUAAUGACGAGAAAAAACCACCGAACGCUGAAGUCGUAGAAGCGAUUACUCCUCAAUCAAGUUCGAGUUCAAACCAUCAGGGAUGUCAUACUCAUCAAGUGAAGUCUAGCAGAACUCUAUUCCGUUAUUUGCCAGUACGUCUACAUGGGAAGCACGGCUCCAUAUGUACCUUCGCCUUCCUAGAUGACGGGUCAAGUUUGACACUAGUGGACAGUGAUUUGGCAGAUGAGCUGAGACUUGAAGGGGAAGUAAAACCCCUCUGUCUGCACUGGACAGGCGGCACACAGCGCCAAGAAGAAACCUCACGAGUCGUUAGUUUUGAAGUUGCUGGAAUACGAGACGAAUCCCAUAAAUUCAGCCUAACUGGAGUAAGGACGGUCAACGAAUUAUUACUUCCACCACAAACGUUGAACAUAGAGGAAUUAUCUCGCCUGUAUCCACACCUCCGAAACCUUCCCAUCCUCUCCUACGAAGCUGUGCGACCAAGAAUCCUAAUUGGGAUGAAGGAUCAACACCUCACUCUCGUCCUCAAGAGUCGAGAAGGAGGACCAAAUCAACCGCUUGCAGUGAAGACCCGCUUAGGCUGGACAGUGUGUGGGGGCGCCAAUGAAAAUGAUACACCCAACCUAGUACAUUCGAUUUUUCACAUUUGUCCGUGUGAAAACCGUUCAGACGAUGACCUUCAUCAGGCGAUGAAGAGGUAUUUCUCUUUAGACAGUUUAGGUGUAGUUAAAUCGGGAACAUCUCUACUCUCCAGAGACGAACAACGAGCACAAUCUCUUCUUCAAUCUCUUACAAAAUUCACGGGAACACAUUUCGAGACCGGACUACUCUGGCGCUACGACGAAGUCCGUCUUCCAGAUAGUCGAGCGAUGGCAAUGCGUCGGUUUCAAUGCCUCGAGAAACGCUUGAUGAGAGAUGCUUCGCUUGCAGCAGUCUUGCAACAGAAAAUUUCUGAUUAUCUACGCAAAGGCUAUAUCCGAAAGCUAUCAGAGGAGGAACUUAUACGCCCAAACCGUCGCACCUGGUAUCUUCCUGUGUUCCCAGUAAAGAACCCUAAUAAGCCAGGGAAAAUUCGCAUCGUGUGGGAUGCUGCAGCCACUGCUUUCGGAAAGUCACUAAAUUCAUUUCUUCUGACGGGGCCUGACCAGCUUGCAUCGUUGUUCUCUAUUCUCAUCCAGUUCCGUGAGCGUGCGAUUGGACUAACGGGUGAUCUGCGAGAGAUGUUCCAUCAAGUCUCGAUACGGAACGAAGACCAACUUUGUCAACUCUUUUUCUGGAGAGAUGAGGAUGGUCAGCUGUCAACCUAUGUGAUGCGUGUUAUGACUUUUGGUGCUUGUUGCUCGCCAAGCAGUGCACAAUAUGCGAAGAAUAUGAAUGCUGAGCGGUUCAGAUACCAGUACCCGACAGCAGCAAACGUUAUUCAAAAGCGUCACUACGUGGAUGAUAUGCUAGUUAGCGUCGAUACGGAAGGAGAGGCAAUACAACUGGCAAAGCAGGUUACGUUCGUACACGCGCAAGGCGGUUUUGAGAUCAGAAACUGGAUCAGUAAUUCUCAACGGGUACUGAGAGCCCUGGAUGAGAACAGUACGAAGGAGAAGAACCUUGACCUCGCUCCGGAAUUGGCCACGGAGAAGGUGUUGGGGAUGUGGUGGUGUACCGCGUCUGAUGUCUUCUCAUAUAAAGUUGGAUGGAACCGAUACGAGCGCCCCCUCCUGGAGGGUCAACGUUGCCCGACAAAGCGGGAAAUGCUACGAAUCCUUAUGUCUAUGUUCGAUCCCUUGGGGUUAAUUGCACAAUUCCUGAUGUACCUGAAGAUCCUCAUGCAGGAAGUCUGGCGGUCCGGAGCUGAUUGGGACGAUGAAAUUAACGGAGUACUCUUCUCCAAGUGGCAGACGUGGCUUCAGAUCCUCCCACAAAUCGAAACGCUCAAGAUUCCUCGUUGCUAUCGCAGUCGAAUUCCAGCAGAUUUUUCCGACGUGCAGCUCCAUACGUUUGUAGACGCGAGUGAGGAUGGAAUGGCUGCAGCUUGCUAUCUUCGUUACUCCCAUGGCGAUACCAUCGAAUGCACGUUAGUCGCUGCGAAAACCAGAGUUUCUCCGUUGAAAUUCCACUCGAUUCCUAGAUUGGAACUUCAAGCAGCGGUGUUGGGUGUUCGAUUGGCUUCCACAGUGAAAGAAUCCUUAUCUGUGAACAUCACUCGGCGAAUUUUUUGGUCAGAUUCACGAGAUGUGAUCUGCUGGGUCAAUUCGGAUCAUCGGCGUUUUACACCAUUUGUAGCCCACCGAGUUAGCGAAAUUUUGGACUCCACAGAACCAGCAGAUUGGCGCUGGGUUCCUACCAAGCAAAAUGUCGCGGACGAUGGCACUAAGUGGGUGAAACUACCAGACAUGUCUGCAGAAGCUCUUUGGUACACAGGACCACAUUUCCUGAUGUGCACUGAGAAGUAUUGGCCGCAACAACCAACCGUGACUAGGACAACAGAGACCGAACUACGCCCGUAUUUGUUGAUGCAUGUCCAGAAAACUGAGCCGCUUCUCUGCUUCAGUGACUUCAGUAGCUGGAGAAAGAUGGUGAACACAAUUGCAUACGUUCUUCGGUUUUCCAACAAUAUCAUUAAGAGGAUGAAAAGGCAGGCAGUUACGAAUGGCCAUCCUUCAAUGGAAGAGCUGACCGCCUCUGAAUCCCAUUUGAUCCGGCAAGCACAAGAGGACGCCUACCCCGACGAAUACACCCUUCUCCACCAGUCUGGUGGAGCCACGCUUCCGAAAACUAGCGCUUUGUAUAAGCUCACCCCUUGGAUCGACAAACACGGAAUCAUGCGGAUACGAGGUCGUAUUUCUGCCUGUGAGUUCGCGACCGAAGAUGCCAAGAAUCCGAUCAUUCUACCCCGUAACCACCACGUUACCAGUCUCAUUGUUGCACACUAUCACCAAAAAUACCACCAUCAGAAUCACGAGACUGUAAUUAACGAGAUACGGCAACGUUACUCCAUUUCUCGACUUCGAAGUACCUACUUACGGGUACGCAACAGUUGUCAACGAUGUAAGAAUAACCGGGCAAUUCCGCAGCCCCCUAUCAUGGCAGAUCUCCCACAUACCAGGUUGGACGCAUUCGCUCGACCGUUCACCCAUGUAGGCGUGGACUACUUCGGUCCUAUUACAGUCGUAAUAGGCAGGCGAUCGGAAAAGCGAUGGGGGAUGCUCGUAACCUGCAUGACAAUACGAGCCAUCCAUAUUGAGAUCGUGCAUUCGCUGAGCACUAAUUCGUGCAUCAUCGCGCUGCGCAACUUUAUCUCGCGUCGGGGUACGCCUCGAACGAUCUAUAGUGAUCGCGGUACCAACUUUGUCGGAGCAUGUCGUGAGAUGCAGAAGGCAGAAGCUUCGGUCAACAUAGAAGAGAUGAUGAAGGCGUUCGUUUCAUCGGAAACCAAAUGGGUCUUCCUCCCACCUCUAUCUCCACACAUGGGCGGCUGCUGGGAGAGAUUGAUUGGAACAGUCAAACGAAACAUGACGGCUAUUUUGUCAACGCAAAAACUGACGGACGAAGUACUGCGAAAUGUUUUGGCCGAAAUUGAAAACGUAGUGAAUUCUCGACCACUUACUCAUGUUCCGAUCGAUGACGAUUCCGGCCCAGCCUUGACUCCAAACCAUUUCCUCCUUGGAUCAUCCGAUGGUACCAAACCUUUGUGCACUCUAGAAGACAGUGGUGCCGCAUUACGGCAGUGUUGGCGUGCAUCGCAGAUACUCGCGAAUAGAUUUUGGAAACGUUGGCUGAGUUCGUAUUUACCUGAGAUCACCCGCAGAACUAAGUGGUUUAUCAACACGAAGGCGAUUGGAAUCGACGACGUGGUAAUCAUUGCUGACCCUAAAAAUCCCCGGAAUUGUUGGCCCAGGGGGAAGGUCAUCGGAAUCUGUCCUGGAAGAGAUGGACAACCUCGAUCAGCAACUGUGAAAACAGGGAACGGUGUCUACGAGCGACCAGUUGCUAAACUGGCUGUGCUAGAUGUACGGCGCGAUGAUUAG